UCCGCCUGUACAUACACGUCCCAGAACGUCCCAGGGACCGCUAUCAUUGCAAAGCUGGAAGGACUUAGCAAAGCCUACGGGGAACAGGAAACCAGCAGCAGACACAAUGACAUCAGAUUACUCACAAGUGAAGCCCCUAAACAUGACGUUGAUAUGACGGAAACCAGCCGUGCCCUUUCCAGCUUUCACAGGAACAUGAUGAAAGUCAGAGCCGAGCACCUCAGGUGAACUUCCUCAGUAUCUCGGAUCACACUUCACAGAAAUUACGUUACCAGGUGUGACAUCAGCACAGACCAAACAAAUGCCGAGCUUUAGGGAGGAGACGCAGGUCACAAUCCAUCGACACCUGUUUGACAAUCUCUGGACUUUAACACUCGGGAUCUGAGAAAGACUCUGUACUGUAGAAGGACAGCUAAAAACGGGACAUAACUGCAAAGAACUCUUGGGUUACGAAACGCCUCAAUCGUUUGUUGGCUUUCGACCGCAGCCGUUCAGAUGUGGGUGUGAAACACCUGAACACCUUCCCAGGACCAAGCUUCGUCACUAGCUGUCACAAGAUGCCCUUGUGGACAUCGUUACUCCGCAAACCCAUGUCUGGACGCUGGCAGAGGAAGCUAUCGAACCGAAAACAGGUUUUGUCGGUCAACAUGGUCAGCCUUCCUCAGGGCGAUUUCCGGCAUCUCUCUCACAUCGGCAGGGAUGGACACACGGACAGUUUCGGAGACCUGUCGUUCCUGAAGAAAGGCCACAGUCUCCUGCUGCAGAGCUCCAAGAGCGAGCAGAACCUGUUCCUCCCACCGCCGCCCAAACCGCCCCGAAUCAACCUCGAAGCAGACCACUGCAGCCCGAUCUGGGAGCAUCAGAGACAGAGGUGCAGCUCACUUCCCCUCCUGGACACGGAGGAAGACGAGGACGAGUGUUCACACAUCAGCGGGAGCUCUGGACGAGAUUCGACCCAAAUCAUCCCAGAGGAAACACAUCCGGACCAAACGGACACAGCGUUCACGUUCAGUCUGGAUCUGGGACCCUCUAUACUGGACGCCGUGCUGCAGGUGAUGGAUAAAGUCCAUCAAUAGACAAGAGUUGUGACCCGGAAAUAGGGCUGGACAAUAUACCCAAAAAAUUAUUUAAUGUGUUUUUAAGAAGUCUCUUCAUUCCAAACGCCUGAUUCAUUUAGAAACGAAUCAAGUGACUGUCUUUAUGAAUGGCUCAGUGAUUCAUUGACUCAAAUGAUUCAUUCAAAAACAGAUUCAUUCAGGAACUAAAUGCAGCCGUGUUCCUCCGAGAAGCACAAAUGCUCUGCUCCGGUUCUGUUUGGAGCUUGUUUUGUUGGUGAAACAGAAAAAACAGACAAUGUUAAAAUGUAACACACAAUAUUAACUUCCUGUUUGUUGAACUGUUGCAUAAAUACAAUAAAUGCAACUCUCAUGAUGGCGCUCAAGCACCGAUAUUUAGGAAAACGGCACUCUUGCGCAUGUGAUAUUCUGUCAGAAAUACAGCAAAAGAAGUAAUAUUCUGACAUAUGUUUAAUAUUUAAAAUGACUGUUUUUGAAUCAUCAUAUUUUCAUGAUUUCUGAAGAUCAUGUGACACUGAAGACUGGAGGAAUGAUGCUGAAAAUACAGCGGAGCAUCACAGAAAUAAAUUACACUUUAACACAGAUUCACACAGAAAACAGAUAUAUUAAAUAGUAAAAAUAGUUCAGAAUAUUACUGCUUUUGCUGUAUUUCUGAUCAAAUAAAUACAGGAUGGUCUUCUUUGAAACACAAUAACUUUUGAAAGCUUGUGCAUCUUGGUGUUUUCUAUUUGGAUUUGUGUUUUUAGUUUUUCAUCCUGCUUGAUAUUGUCUAAUGAAACAAUGUACAUAUCAUAGGCAAUAAAAACAGAUGUUGUGAUAGAAACCGCAGCAGCUUCAGCUAUUUUUCAGAUGCGCUCGUAUCAAACUGCUGCAUGUUGACACACUGUAAACUGCCUCAUUCCAUAUCAUUUAUGAAAAUAUAUGGAUAUAGCGCCAAGCCCUGACUGGAAACGGACUGUAACUCGCUGCAGGAAGCUGGCUGUGUUUCUGAUCAAACAUCUGAACUCUGGACAAUUAGAACAAAACUCAAAACAUUGCUCAACCAGACAUUUCUUCCAGGAAAAGCAGAGCGUUUCAGACCAGUGUUGUGGUGUCCAAAUCCUACACCCUUUUUUAAGAAAUCCCCCCUUCGAAUGAAGUCUGUUAUAUAACGCUGAGGAACAGAUAUCUCAGAAAUAUCUCAAGCAGCGUUCGUCAAUGCUUGCAGAAGUCGAGUUAAUCAUGGAUCAGCUUUUAUCUCAAACUGUGAUUCCCUCAUCUGCUUUCUGAGCGUUUACAGACAUGUUUGCACUGUAUGAUCUAUUAUAUCAGGCUUUAUAUUUCUAUGUAAGGUCAAUUCAGUGACAAUAUUAACUAUUGAUUUUAUUUGACACCUCACCACUAGAUCUGCAAGUGGAAGGAAACAAGAGUAAUUCCUUAAUAAAAUCAUGUUAUGUUUUUA